GGUCGGCUUAAUUGGUAUCCUUUCGGUAUGCCUUGCGAACACUUUCUUUUUUAGUCUUUCAUCUUCUCUAGAGAAGCGAAACUCGAACGGAUAGAGCGGAUGGUCCAACUACAUAACUUUUUCUUUUUCAUUACUUCCAUGGUCGUGCCUUGUGGCACGGCAGCACCCGUACUAUUGAAAUGGUUCGUCAGUAGAGAUGUUCCCACAGGUGCCCCUUUUUCCAAUGGUACUUUAAUUCCUAUUCUUAUUCCUUCAUUCCUUCUUUUGGUUUAUCUACAUUCCAGGAAAUUCAUACGCUCUAUGGACGGAGUAAAAAGUGGAGUCUUGGUCAGAGCAAGUUGCCCUAUUUUAUUACCAGACAUAAUUGGGAGAAGCUCAUCCGAAACUAGAGCUAGAAACGCCUUAUUUCUUUUCGUUCCCAUUCUUCAUUUUCUUCUUCUCGAAUUCAAGGGGGACUUACCCUAUUUAGAAUCUUUUUGCGGUGUGCUCCGUUUACUAUUCUUUCGUACUUUCUUCUCUUUACCACGCGAUAGGUCAGCGAAGCGUGAGCGGGCGCGGAGAAGAAAAGGCCAAACACUUCGGCCUAACGGGAAUGAGCAACGACGAAAUGAAAAGAAAAAGUGCCCCGGGCGCCCCCAUUUAGAAAGAAGGGUCGAAGGGUUUGGGCCUGUAGCUUUCCCCGUCCCCCCUUCGUCGGGUGGUGCUUGCAUGGGGGGUGUGCUACCUGAAAUCGGGCUUGAAGCCCCCGCCUUACCAACGAGCCGACAGCUGAUGGCUGUUGGUCGCGACUACUACCAAAAAGUGAACAUGAAGAUGAAUAUUUCACAUGGGGGAGUGUGCAUCUUUAUGUUGGGUGUUCUUCUGUCUAACACAAAGAAGAUACAGUUCACUCAACGAUUGCCUUUGGGUUCCGAACUCCAUAUGGGGAAGGAACGUUGUUGUUUGCGGGGUCUCGAUCAUUUACAUGGACCCACUUUUCAUUCCAUUUGUGGGAAUUUGAUGAUCUAUAAACCGUCCUUAACGAACGAUCGGCUCAUCUUUGAGCAUGAUGAAUCACUUCGUGCCGACCUGUUGUCAAUAAACUUUUGGGCCUCAUAUGAGAAUGGAAAACUGGAGCAUUUUCUGCAUCGGUGGAUGAAGAAUCGCGAACAUCCAAAUUUCUGGUUAAGCAUGUUCCCAGAAAAAAGAUACUUUCGAGAAACAACGAGCACGACUGAAGUGGCUAUCCAUACAAAUCCAUUUACGGAUCUAUAUGCUUCGAUUGGAACUGGAAGUUCAAGAACAGGCGGCUGGUAUACUACCAUAAUGAAACUGCCUUUUCUUUUUUUUAUUCGGAUAGGAUUUCUGUUGGCUUCGUUGGGAGGCUCGCGUAGUUUGUUACGUCAACUCCAAAAGGAGAAAUUGCGUUGGAAUUGAGAAAGUUACGUAAAGUUCAUAAUUGUAUAAAAGGAGUCAAAGUAGUGACUGCAGCGCAUCGAGGCAUUUUGCCCGCAUCUUCGCUAUGUAUACUAGUUCAAGUGAUUAUCCAUUUGAAUUAUGGCUUGGUCUCAGAGAUCCUACAUAACCGCUGCUAGGAGUUAGCACGAAUCAACUGUGGGGACUUGCCUAAACUGGAUUGGAUCAAUAUAAUAUUCAACAUAUGGCACUGCCUCAAAGGCCUUACCAUACCACUUAGCUCAAGCCAGUCUAAGUGAUUGGCUGAAUACCGAGAAUAGAGUCUCCUCUUGGGGUUUCUCCCGGAUGGGGUACUACACUGUAGCGUCGGCUGUUGCUUUGGAAUGGAGAACUAAUCAAUCGAGGAAUCGGAAUCCUACCUCUUGCGAGUUGACCUCCGUCAGUGACUGUUCACUUUAAAGCGGGAGAAGUCGUAAUUAGUUGGUGUACAAUUUCAAUAAAAACAAAAAAAAACUAUUGAAUGCGAAGGGGGAAAUGGGAUAUCUUUCAAUCAAAGCUAUUCCUUUAGCUUGGCGUUUAGCUACUAAGCUAUGCGGGUCAUCAGCAAUAGACUGCAUUAGUGAAGGAAAUAUAGCAUCAAAGGGCGCUUAUCCUGCUAAUCGUGGGUCUUGGUAAGUACCUGACAGACUGAAGGCUUGGAACUUAACUCAAUGCUGGGUUGACUGCAGGGAAGCUUUACUUAAGUGGAUUCGGCCCUACCUUGGCUACGAACCUAUUCUCGCUAAGAGCUAAGAACUAGGCAUUUCAAAGCAAUUACCUUCUUAGCUUACAGAAUCUCUUGAAAAAAGAAAGUCUAGCUACAUGCUUAACGCCGGAAAUUAUGACCUUGGUUGGUGAUAUUCGACCAAGACGAGGCCUAUAUCUGAGAGCUUGAACUGGGCUUGGAUGAAAGAGUAGCAGAGUCAAUUCCUGAAGCUGGUAAAAGGCACUUAUACUCCAUGAUAUGGCACUGAUUGCAGAUGGACAUUCAAUUGGAUCUUUCUCUUUCCUUAAUUUCUUUAUCUUUCGGGGGCCUUCUUCAUCUAUGCCCUCAAUAGCAAUAGUCAGGCUUUUACUUGAGUUGUUGGGAAGUGUGGUGGGGUAAGAGCAUCUGUCGAUUCCUUCCGGGCUAUAUAGGGAGUGAUUUCCGUUCUUGAGUGAAUUCAGAUGUCACUCUCUUUUCUUUCAAUGGUAUCCUUCUUUAUCCGAGCAGAAGAUCGCCUCCUCUCUUCUUUGGCCUACUGGCCUACUUAAAUGAAAGGCCUUGUGCGAGCACAGCAGCUUGACUGAGGCUGGCUUAGUAAAAAAGGGAAUAGGAUAGGACUUGUUCACCGUAAGUGGGAGAUUCUUGGGUGAGUGUUAGCGAAAGGCCUUCCAGACAACUCUUUCCGCUUAGGACAACCUUUACCCUUCUUAACCUAUUUAACAGCAAUCUAUAAGUUGAGUAGAAGAAAGAGGGGUUUUGAUGGGUAGGCUUGUUGUGCUUUGGCCCUUCUGCGGGCUUUCAUCGAGGAAAGAGCAAGACCAAGUCUUCACAUUUGUAGGACUUUCUUUGAUGGUUCAUGUAGGCUGGGGUCUUUCAUUCGGGCCCUAUUGGGGCACCCUGUGGGCCAAUGCGUAUAAGCUUGGGCUUUCUUAACGCGGCUCAUUUGUUGACGACUCAGUACAUGGAUGUCACGAGUCUAUUGGCAUAGAAUAUGGAAUCUUUUCCACGUAAGCUGGUUGUACAAAGUUUGUUUGUUCAUACAGGCAGUGUGAUUUGGGGAGAUUUUCUUUGCUCCGCAAGGUAGCCAGAGCCAGCCAGUUUUUCAUUAAACAGGCAUGAUAGUUUUCAACUGCAGAAAAGUAGUGCGGAGAACUAGUCAGAAUUGUGCCUGCCAUGCAAUUCGUACUGCAUGGCGAUAUUACUCUACCACUCUAUAAAUGGAGGCUCGAUAAGUGUCUUCACUUCAUCAAAUUCAAAUCAAAGAAAUUGAGUACUAGCACGUAUAGCAUCUUUUUUUCACAGUAGCAGGAUCGCUAUAACUCACUCCAUUGAGUUCGUCGCCUAUAACUCCACUUAACUCAUGAAGACGUUGUGCUCGGGCCUCUCUUGGGGGAGUCCCUUCUCUCCUCCACCCCCUUGAACAGGCUUUCCGCGGUACCAAGCUCACUUCAUUAAGUCUUUCUUUAAUAAAUAUAGGAGUGUUUAUCGCUACUACCAACUACAGCAACUGAAAAAAGGAGCUAACCGACUAACACUAACAGUUAUCCGAAAGACGGUUAUGCAAGCCGGACUUAACGACAGAUCUGUUUUCUAGUUUCUUUAUUUUAUCUAAAAACCGCUCUUGCUCGACUGGAAGGUAUCCUCAAACCCCCGCUAUGUGCGCUUAGAAGCUGAACUCCUUUUUGGCGUUCCUCCUACUUUUCCAGUUGCCAGGGCGGGUAAGGUUCGGUUGCGAGCCAAGAAAGAAGAUGUGAAUGCCUGCCUGCUUGACUGCCCUUUGUGUAUUCAUUCGUCCCGAAAACGAAAAAGAAUAUUGGCAUGUGUUAAGCAUUUCGUUUAGAGAAAGAGGGGUGCCUUCUAGCCCUUUGCCCGUUGAAUGAACCUUUUCGUGGUGAAUGAAUAGUCGUGCUAUCCAGGAAUGGAAUUGAUGGUCGAGCCGGAUGAUAGUCUAUCUUGGUUCAAGGCAGAUUUUCGUUUGAAUGCCUCUAUCUAUUUUCGCUCUCCUUGCCAUUCGAGUAGCUUCACGCCCUCGAUGAUCGCUUUUUUAACAGAUUUUUGAUUUCUUUUUUUUGUCUAAUUCUUCCCUAGAGAAAGGGCUCUUGUCGCGAUUGACUCACUAGUAAGGAUACGCACGAUUUUUACUUUGACAGAAGGAGCACCUGGUUCAGCACGAACUAAAGGCAGCCGAGUUCUUCCUUUCCUCAUGACCAACUGCCUUAAUGCGCAACAGCAACAGCUAUAGUUGCUAUUCUCUUGCCAAAUAAUCCUUGCCCCUAACGGCAAUCUUUCUCAUCAGCGGCUAGAGAAGAACAUCCUUGCUUACCAGAGCUUCCUAGCUACCUUAACUAUAGGAAGAAAACCCUCGUUAGGACGGCAGCCAGAAGGACAGGCCUUUGACUUUCUUACUUCGGAUACCGGAUACCCAUUUCCCUUAACCUUGGACGAAAGCGCCCCGAUUGACAUCAAUUCAUGAAUCAUGAACUGCCUUGAACGUAGCAUUUAUAGGCUAGGGCCUUGAACUCAGAGAUAACAACCCCUAGGAUCUGAGGAUACCCGAAAACCUAGACCUCAAUAAAGACCUGCUUAGACGCCUCUUACCCAGACCCUUUUUUCUUUUAGUAAGGAACUUGCUUUACGACUUAAGGUCUCUGUCUCUGGCAACGGAGACUUGCGCCUAAGGGGUUUGAGAGAGACUUUUCGCGCUGACCCUACUUCCGAUACAACCGGAGAGACUUCCUAGAUUGACAAGUCAAAAUAGGAUAAGCAGAAGGACUACCGCAAUCAGAAAAAAGAGAAGGCAAGCAAAGCAGAAGUAGUUCGCAACAGCAACUAUCGAUUAGUCAACAACCGGGACAACAGAAACUGCUGCUAGAUUCUUUAAGAAGCGGGAACCAACAAAGCUGCAUUGACCAAGAAUCAGAACUGGGGGAAGCACGCCGCCAAGGCUUGACUGACGUGGAACUGCUACAAUAUGGAACCGCCAAAGGUCAAAGCUAGACUGUCCCCGAAAAACGUGGUAAAACGCUCAACUGUCAAUUAAUUGGAAAUAUCCGUCUCCGAAUAGAAGUGAAUUUGAAGCAAAAAUCACUGGUUCGAAGAGCUGAGUUGCAAGACUAAGGAAAUUGAAACUUUUUAAUAUCACCGGAGUUGUGAACGAAGGAGGAAGGAGUCUUUGCAGCAAGACUUCAGUCAAGGAAAAAACCGACGUGUAAGAAGAAAGUGGCGUAGACAAGGAAUCGGCUUAACUGCAUUAGGGGUCUCAUUCCUUUCCAUAUCUUAUAUCAUAUAGUUGAGUGGAGCUCCGAGAUUAUGAGAGUGGAUCGGAUCCCUUUCUUCAAGAAGAGGCUUUGGCCUUAACUACUUCUCUUUACGACGUAAAGGAAAGACCUCUCUUCUAUACUAGUUCCUAUGGUAUAAAUGUGGGAGUACUUUUUUUUAUAGGCUAAAAAAGGCUAAGGAAAAAAAGAAGGAGUGCAGGAUGUGUCUCCGGACAUAGAAAGUAGGCAAUCACUUUCCCUUCGUUAGGGGUCUAGGUUUCAGUUGUAGUUUUCUGGUAUCGACACAGACAGUGGUAAAUCUCUAUACGAUUGAAGUCAGUGUGCAAGACAUAGUCUAGUUUUUACUUUGAGUUCCUCUUUUAAUAAAUAACUAAGCAUUCCACAGUCGGAUAUCAAUAAUCACUUACCCCGCCUUAGGAGAGUGAGGGGUGAAAGGACUCAAAUAGAGCUUAGACAUUAGGCAUGAGAAUAGGACUAUGCAUAUUCACUCACAUCCGUUGAUUGCGGUGCGCCAUAGACCAAGCUUUAAAGGAUGGUAGAUGUGAAGGCUAAGUGCACCUGAGCUAGAAGCAUUACACCACCAUCACCACUCGUGGUUCACGUCUUUCGAAGAACUAUCGCUCUGGCGAAUUCCAAGUAAGAUACGAAUGAAUCCCAGGGCACAAUGGAAUGAGAAGGGUUGGAACUAUACUGAUUGGCAGUAAUGCAAAAGAUAUAAAAAAAAGAAUGGGUAGAAUGCGGAUUUGGUGGUACUUGAAUUGAUACUCAUCAUGCGAAUUGGAGAGCAUGCCCCUAAGGGUACUCCCUUAUUAGAAGUUAUUUAAAGAUGUCAACAUCCAUUUUUGAUUCAACAGCGGAAAAACAUCAAACAAUUCAUGCUUACUACAGGUUCUAUUUGGCUUGUCGAAAUACAGAUUAAUCAACAGACCUCGAUUGUCUACCUAUCGCCAUGCCUUAACCCAUCCUAAUCGGAGAGUUGAAUUUGUAAUAGAUUCUUCCUUGAUUUAAGGCUGGUAAAUUCCCAGAUCCAUAGCAAACAUAUCAUGCUUAACACAUCCUAAUGUGAAGGUAUGACCAUCCUAGUGGUUACUAAAAUAAAGCUAGAUCACAAGGUUCAUCUGCAGAUAUUUUCUAAAGAUACAAAUAUCAAGGAAAAUGCGUAGGAUGCCCGCUAUGGUAUUUCCAUUCCUGGCGAUUAGCCGAGUUGGAAGACCAGAAAAAGCGGAAUAGAGGGUUUGGGCAUCCAUCUUCCUUUCUUUCGAAGAGGCUAAUGCCUUGUCGGCGUAGACGGAACGAGGACAUUCUGCCCGAGUCCUUCUUGAACAAGAGUUCUACGAUAAAAUCGAAAAAGGGUUGGAUUACCUUAGCAGGAAUUCUCUGGUAUCCUCCACUGCACGCUUAAUGCAGAAAGGGCUGGCUCUCUUUAAAAGGAAGGAGGACUUCAAGUCAGUAAUAUUCCUCCUCAAAACCCUUUCCCCUUAGCCCCUCCGGAAUUCCCUUUUAAGAAGGUGGUCAAGCUACCGUAGAUGAACUUAGGGAAGUCAAUCUAUGGGCGGACCCUAACCCUAGACCAACUUUCUAAGCGCUUCCCUUAAGGGAGACGAAGCACGAAGGUAAAGAGCCCGAAUGAGUAUAGUGACGUCUUUGCUUGGACAUAGUUUGAGAUGCCUACAAACUUGCUGGAUACGACUCCCUGUAAAAUGAGGUCUAUUGCCCAGAGAAAUUCUUUUUUAAGAAGAUUUCUGAGAGGGACUAAAGAAAAGAGGAUAGGACUUUUUACAGUCAGUAAAAUGCAGUUAGCGAAGCACGCGCUAAGACAGUAAAAGAAUAAAAGAGGAACACACCCUUUUCGCUGGCUGAUCUAGUUCUAUUUAAAAGCUUGGGUGCUUAUCUUGGAGCGGGAAGAAAGCGUUCGAACGAGUAUACUUACAAAAAGGUUCCGUACUUCUUCCUAUCCCUAGAGCUUUUCCGUCGCUUGAAUUGAACAUUAACCAUCUCCUGACUCCUUUUCUUGUCCCCUACAGAGGCUAAGCGGUCGGGUCAUGGAUCUUGCACUUCACUUGAAUAGUGCUUUUUGAAAUGGUAAAGAACCAAGCUGACCUACCUCUAUCACUAAAGUAUACCCUAAGAUGUAAAAAAUCUUCGGGUACUAAAAAGUAUUGAGGUUCCGGCUGAGUUCUUGGCUAUUUCCCCCGCCCUACCAGCUUCACCAACAAUUACUGUAUUUGGCUUCGACCUGUUCUCGAUUCAGCUUCCCAGGAAAUGCUUCUAUUCUUAUGCAAGACUGCUUCCUCUGCUCUGAUCUUGGCUCAACAAAUCCGGCCGUGGAACUUGCUUUCAUGAGGUAAGGAGCGGCUACGUCAAUGUCCCUGUGGAAGCUAGAACUCUAAGGAAGAUUUUUUCUCGGCAGAGAAGAGGGGACAAGCUCUAUGCUUAGCCUACCUCGUAAUAAGAACCCUCAAAAACAAAUAAGGGAAACGGAUAACUUUCUUUACGCUAAUAGCUAAUAUAGAGAGGCGCAAAGGACAGAUAUGCCAAUUUUGCAGAAGAAGAAAGUUUCAUUGCCUCUAUCCAUGAAUUUGAAAUAAGCUAAUAAGCUCUUUCUCGAUUCGCCGCAUUUAUAUCUCUUACUAUCAAAAAGAAGACUAGCUUUCCGGUAUCUUCACUAACUCGAUUCAAGAGCGACUCCCAGACAGAUAAAAAGAUUUCAUCUUUCUAUCCGAUAUUAAUACAUUGAAUUCGAGAUGCAAAUUGAAUAGGAAUGAACCCAUAGAGUGGUGAACAAAUUCAUAGCUGCCGCUUUCUUUCAUUUCAUAAGGGAAUCCAAUUUCCCAACCCAAGUAGAUUUUAUUUAGAACAUCUUGCCAGUACGCAAGAAGAACAGAACAGACAAGUACGAGUGUGUGUCGACUUCAGAGACCUAAAUGCAGCUUGCCCUAAAGAUGACUUCCCAUUACCAAUAAGCGAACUCAUAAUUGACGGCAACAGUGCCUUUUGAAGCCAUAUCAUUCAUGGACGUUGCUAAGAUCCUUCCAUUUAGCAGCACCUUAGGAUGGCAUAGCCUUAAAGUUAAGGGCGAGGUUCAAACGAGGAAAGGCCCACGGUGGAUACCUAGGCACCCAGA